CCGUCUGAUCCGAACACGCAGCGCUCUCCAGCAGCCCUCACCAUUUCCACUUCAGCGCAGCCUCCAGAGGGGCUCCUUUCGCUGGACCAAGUUGAGCCACCCUCUUGAAUUCAUGUGGCACCUACACAGUCCUUUUCUCUGCGCCACUUAUUCUUGGCCGCGCUUCGACUUGCCGCUCUGCUCCGGGAAAUGUGUCGGUAGACAUUCAUACUAGUUGAGCUCCAAACAACAUAUACAUGAGCAGUCAUUAAGUACCUGCGGACCUGCUGCAGGAGGGGGGAAGUUUUAUUUUAUUUUAUUUUUUACGGCUGGGAACCUGAAAUCCCUGAAGGAUCUUUACACAAGUGGACAAUGCUGAGACUAGAGACUAUCAUCUGCACUUUUUCUGUGCUGUCAGUCGCAGCAAGAGCAGAUUUUAAAGCACGGAACUGCAGCGAGGUGAGGGAGGCUUGCCAUGAGAGGGGCUUCGCCUUCGCACAUGUUCCCCACCAGGAGAUCCCAGGAGAAGAUCUGCGUGUUUGCACCUACGAACACACUUGUUGCACCCAAGAAAUGGAAGACCGGUUUGGUCAGCAAAGCAAGCUGGACUUUGAAAAUCUGCUUGAUGAAACCAGUCACACGUUGAGAAGCACAUUUGUCUCCAGACAUAAAAGAUUUGAUGAAUUCUUCCUGGAGCUUCUGGAGAACACCGAGCGGUCCCUGAAUGAGAUGUUUGUGAGGACCUACGGCAAGCCUUACAUGCAGAACGCAGAGGUCUUUGAGAACCUGUUUGCCGAGCUCAAGCGCUACUACACAGGAGGGAAUGUUAAUCUGGAGGAAAUGCUUAAUGACUUUUGGUCCCGGCUGCUGGAGCGCAUGUUCACACUGCUGAACUCCCAGUAUGUCAUCACUGAGGACUAUCUGGAGUGUAUCAGCAAGUACACGGACGAGCUCAAGCCAUUUGGAGAUGUUCCCAGGAAGCUCAAGGCUCAGGUUACCCGUGCAUUCAUUGCUGCACGCACAUUCGUCCAGGGACUCUCUGUAGGUCGGGAAGUGGCCCAGAGGGUGUCAAAGGUAAACAGCACCCCAGCUUGUAUACGAGGGCUGACAAAAAUGCUGUUCUGUCCCUUUUGUCGUGGUAUGCCGGGAGUAAAAGCCUGCAAGAAUUACUGCCUUAAUGUGAUGAAGGGCUGCCUGGCAAAUCAAGCCGAUCUGGAUCCCGAGUGGAACCAGUACAUCGAUGCCAUGCUGCUGGUGGCGCAGAGGCUAGAAGGGCCUUUCAACAUUGAAUCCGUCAUGGAUCCUAUUGAUGUCAAGAUUUCAGAGGCCAUCAUGAAUAUGCAAGAUAACAGUGCCCAGGUUUCUUUCAGGGUUUUCCAAGGCUGUGGCCAGCCGAAACUUGCGGAAAUCUCGAGGUCUGCUCGUGAUACUUCGGAUGUGUUCAAAGCCCGCUUCAGACCCUACAACCCAGAGGAGCCGCCCACCACUGCAGCUGGCACGAGCUUGGACAGGCUGAGGAUGGUUUGGAGGACGAUGCAAUUCAGUGUUGUUGACAUAAAAGAGAAACUGAAAUUGUCCAAGAAGUUCUGGUCGAGCCUGCCCGAGGCAAUGUGUGUAGAGGACAGAGUGACUGCCGGAAACGCCAGUGAUGAGGAUUGCUGGAAUGGACACACCAAGGGCAGAUACUUUCCUGAAGUCCAGAAGGAUGGCCUUACCAACCAGAUGAAUAACCCUGAGGUGGGCGUCGACAUCACACGACCCGACACCUUCAUCCGUCAGCAGAUCAUGGCUCUAAGGGUGAUGACCAACAAGCUGAGAAAUGCAUACAAUGGCAAUGACAUCUACUUUCAGGACACAAGUGAUGAAGGCAGCGGCUCAGGCAGCGGAAGCGGCUGCACAGAGGGCUGCACCACAGACAUGUACAGCGCUGCCACUGAAACCCCGGUGGUGAGAGCCGACCGGAGCGGGCCGAUGGAGGACUCUGCCCCGCACCAUGCACCAUCCAUAGCACUGCCAACCAUGCUGGCUCUGCUAGCUCUAACUCUGCACCGACAAUGGAGAUAAUGAUGGAGCAACAAGCUAGAUAUGGACUGCAGGGUUUUUGUCCCCUUUUUUCUCUUCUCUGGCAGUUUUUGUAUUCAAGCACAUUGGAGCUACAGUCAAGCACAGAGCAUUCAGCCUACCAGCAUUGAUGCUGCAGGAUUCUGCUCUGAGAAAGAGAGUAGUCAUCCACAUCAUGAGUUUCCACUUUUCCAAAGAUCAUGCAGUGCCAUCCCUAGACUUUAUAUUUCAUGAAAUCAUUUCAGUUUCUAAAACUGAUGCGGAUCCAACAAGCUCUGCUACAGAGAUUUAAAAAAAAAAUAAGAAUCUUUACAUUUCUUUCACACAUGGCAAAUAUAAACAUAGGUUUCCAAUUGGAAGAAAAACAUAGUAUGCACUUUGAGGUUUUUUUUUUAUAGAAUUUUUUUUGUCUGAAGAAAAUGUAAAAAGAGAUGUGGUUAAAUUAUGCACCUUAAAAGGGUACAAUAAGCUUAAUAAAUGUUUUAUAAUAUAUUUUAAAGAGGUGAUGAUGAUCUAAGUGCAAGAGGAUUCAGGAACCAUGUCCGCUUUGGUUAGAAUUUGAUUAAAUAUAACAUUAUGCCAUUUAUUGAUUUGUGAAGGAAAAACAAUUCUUUUAAAUUUCCUUUUUGUGAAUGCAAAUUCAGAUCUUUCUUACAGUUUCAAUUAUUUUGGGCUGUAGAUUCAUAUAUUGUUUUAAACAGAAUCUGCACAAACGUAUAAAUAUUCACAAGAUCUUUUCAGCAGUGGCCUUGUGCUACAGCUGACUUGAAGGGUUAGGAUUAACAUUUUAUUUACUUUGCCUUGCACCAACUCCAUAAUCUGCAAAAUAUGCUCAUAUCUUGCCAGUUUGUUAACUCAGCUUCAGCAGUGGAAAACCUAAAAUCCUUUCCAAGAAGUUUUUUUUUUCUCUUUUUUCUGCAGAGAAUAUGCCACUAAUUUACCGUUAUGUAGCUCUGUGGUUAAACGGCUCUGGUGACAUUUUGUUUAAGAUGUGGUCACUCAGUGUAGUUUGAAAUAUUUACUUCAAGUUUAAAGGGAUAAAUACUGUCAUAAUUUAAUUUAAUCAUUAAUUGAACAAGUAGGUAGCUACAGUGGCUAAUUAUUAUUCUUCUAUUACAACCAUAAGAGGCUUUGGUGGAUUUUUUGAACUGGGUUCUGUUGAGAAGAAAUGGGCCAUCAGUAAUUUACCUUUAAUAGAUAACUCUCUUAGCAUGUUAACAUUGAUAAAAGAUAGGAAAUUCAAAAGCUUUUAAAUGACCUGAGAUAUGCAGGAGAUGAUUAUUCUCCUUGGUCUGUAGCUAUUUAUUAUGAAGACUUUUGCCGUCUGUCAUCCAUAACAAUGAUAUUUCUAUACUAAACAAACUUUAAAACAGAAUAGAUUUUGAUGUUUUUCCAUUCAAAUCUUUGUUAUGUAAGUUCACUUUUCAUAAGAAUUAGUUGUACUUUCAAAUCACACAGGUUAAAACGGAAUUAGUUCAUAUUAAAAAUUUAUUGUAUAUUUUCUGUAUAGUCACACCACAUAAAGUUUCAAUUUACAAUUUACAACAUUAAUUAGCACGUUGAUUAUUUUGCAGUCUAGCUUUUGCCAGGUGAGUCUCUCUGCUCACAUAAAACAUUUUUUUAGCUUGACCAAGCUAUCAAUAAAGCUCCUCUUAUGCACAGAUUUCCCUGCUUGAAUGGUAAGAGAUCAACAUGAGCGGAAAAUUUUGAUUCUGCAUCAGUACUUGAACUAUAAAAUCCUUCACUCAUGUGAAUUAUCCUCACUGUUAUACUGGUUAUCCUUAUAGCUGGUAGAUGUGACAGAAUCCAUUUAAGUGCUGCUUCAGUCAUAGGCUUGUCUUUUGUACAUAAAAAAACCUUAACAUGAAUUUUUUGACACAAUACUGAGAACUGGAGUAAAGAAACAACUCAACAUAAUCUACUUCUUUUAAAUAGUCUUGAAUUAGACUUUCAACUCAUAAUAUUAGGUUAUUAUUAUCAUCAAUAAUGUCUGAGCAUAAAGACAGAUAAAUGUGUUAGGGAUAAAAGCCUAAAGCAAACCAGUGCACAGAUACACAUACGGCAAUCGCCAAGGUUUUUUUUUUUUCCUGAAUAAAACAGAAAAAUGUGUCCUAAAAUGGUUUCCUGAUGGAUUCCUGUGAUAUGUUUCAGGAUGUUACAAGGGAGCAGUUCAUUUUUCUGAUCUGAGAAACAACUUUGUUCAAGUCAGUAAUUUGAAAAAGUUAAUGCCACUUAUGUAAACACUAUUUCGAACAAAGUCAAAUGCAGAUAACACUGAAACCAAAAUAUUAUCUGGUUUUACUUUAUCGUUGGAUUGUUAAUCUGUCAAGAGAUACUUAAAAAAGUGUUUCACAUAGGAAAGUCAUUUCAAUGGGCGAUGGACCGAUACAGUCUUUACUGUGGAAAACAUUAUCUAUUUAACACAGCCAUUAAAUACAAAAUUAAGCCCAUCAAACAUUACCUAAUAUUCAACUUUUUCAUAAAUAAUUUGAUAAAAGUAAUAUAUGAUUGCACAUGUGUACUUUUGUCUUACCACUUAUUAGGAGGUCAAAUGUAAUGUUUUUAACAAGACUAAGAGAGUUAUCUACUUCAGGUAACUAAUUUCUAUUCAGAAACAGAAAAAUCCUUCACACCUGUGGCUCUAAAGACAAUCAAAUUAGGAGAUUCCUAUUGGGCAUCUCAAAUUAAUAUUCCGUUUGAAUUAUAAUGAAAUUAUAUGCAAAUAAAAAUUAUUGGGUUGGUCUACAAGAGCAAACCUAUAUUCUUGUGCUGCUGUGAACUUUACAUGAAUUUAAAUUAACUGACUGUAUCAUGUUUUAGUGCUGCAUCCUCAGAAUAUAUUGCACGUAUUUACCAACUAUCAUCAGAUGUUUCAUACCUACUGGAACUACAUUUUUUAAAAAAACAAAAAAAACAUGCUACUUCUUUGCAUAUUGAGUAACUACUCUAGUAAUCCCAGGUAGUAUUUAAAAAUGUCAACUUCAAAUGACAGAAUUUAAAAGAAUAAGUACAUAUUAGCAUACUUGUUGUAUGUCUGGGAGUUAUUAAGAGAGGCAGGGAGCAAACAUCACACAGUGGUGACAGGGAAUGCUAAGAAUGACUCCCUGAAUUUAUCUGGAAAGCUUGAAUGGUUAUGUCUGCAGCACAGACAGGCUUGAAGCCGACCACAGUCACCUGUGAAAUGAGAAUCUGUGGGGACUGGACAAGGCUGAAUGCUUCAGUGAAGCUCCUCGGUAGAGCGUACUUACAGAGAAUGUGAGAGACCUUGGCACCGCUGAGGGGCGCGGACAAAACCAGUCUGGAUGUACGCUCCCUGUUCCCUGAGAGCCCGUCAGGUUCAUAACCAGCAGGCCAACUGAGCGUACACAUCCACAGAAUUAGCCUAUGUCAUGCCCUUCACAAUGUAUCAAGAAAAAUUUUUGCUUUUCAAUAUUGUUUGAAGUACUCAUUUACAUUCACAAUGCAAGAACAACAAUACAGAAAAAAUACACGAUGUGUUUCUUUAAAGUGGUUCUUUAUUCUGACUAUUCAUUUCACAGGUUGCCCUUUUUUGUUUUUUAAUCAUUGAACUUUUAAUAUUUUUUGCAAUAAAAGGUUAAAAACAACAGCUAACCCAGUGCUGAAUUAUAUCAAUUCUUUACAAGUCACAUUUAUUUUUACUUUUACCUUGGAGGUAAAGAGUUUGAGCGAAGAUGCCUUAAUGUAUUUCCACCAUACCGUAAAGAUGAUUGCAUUUCUGUUUUAUUACUAUUGAGAAUAAAAUCUAAACAUUUUCUAAACAGAUUUCUCCUUGUUAUAACUUUGUGAAAGGUUUAAAAAGUACAACUAGGAUUGAGAAUAGAAUUAAGGAUUUACCCCUACACAGUGACCUGCAAAACGUUUUUACUUGUUUCAUUGAAAUCACAAACUACUUAAUUUAAAGACAGACCCACAACAAAAAUAAUGCAGAAAUGUGGAAUGGAAUGAAGAUGACAGAUUAAUUGUUUUAUUUUUACAAAUGAAAAUAUGAACAGUGGCAUGCAUUUGCAUUGAAACUGUUUUAGUCUGGUGCCCCUAAAUAAAAUCCAGUGCAGUCGGUUCCCAACUCGGUGCAUGUCUCUAGCUGACUGAGGGUUUCUAGACAAACUGCAUCAGGAAGACCAAGGAACAAAAGUCAGAGCUAUGUGACAUUUAAAGCAGGUUGAUAAAUAAUAUCCCAAGCUUUUAACAUCUGACUUUCUUUUCAAAUAAUCACUUAAAAAUUUAUGGAUUGGCACUACAAGUUUACCAAGGCAUGGUCAUCUGACUAAUCUGGUUAAGGAGAACAUUUCCUGAGAAGUUGCUAAUAGGCCUGUGGGAACGCAUCAGCAAAACAUUUGCUAGUAUCUGUUGAUAUAACAACCAUUAGCUGUCCACUUCUCAAAUCUUCCCUUUAUGGAAAAAUAGCAAGAAGAAAGCCACUGUUGACAGACUGAUAUAUGAUACUGACUUAGCUUACUUAGCCUUUUCAAAAAAGCAUGGAGGCCAGUGAAACACUUCUGUGGGUUUAACCAGCAAGUUUUAAUUUGGGGGGGUUUAAU